AUGAAUAAAAAUUAUAUAACAGUGGAAACUUUGCCUCCAGCUUAAGUUUAAUAAAUCUAAGUCGAAUAUAACUUUCAUUAUAUCAGAGACCUCGUAGAAAAAUGUGUUGAAUAGUUAUAACACAAUGUUUAACUUUUUUAUGAUAAAGAAUGUAGAAACGCAAUUGAUAUUGAUAAAAGCCUUCAGGAAUUGAACAUUUAAAAUAAAAUUAUUUAUGCAAAAUAGAUAGAUUAAGAAAAAAUGACUUCUUAAUAUCCUAGUGUAGUUUGCUGGUUUAAAUAAGAUGGAAAAGAAUUAGAUCUUGGAGUUUAAUUGAGAUCAGACUUUACAUUUGAAGAAGUAAUAGGAAUGAAAUUUUUAGGUAUUAGACGAUGCGUUAUCCUAAAAUAUCAUAGAAAAACUACCAUCCUCGAUUAUAGUGACAGAUUUAGGGCAAACCUAAAAAUUGGCAACAUUGAUGGAAAUGUAAAUGUUUAAGGUGACAAAUCGUUUGGGUCCUAAUCCAUAAUUAGUUAUACACUUCUCUACAUCAGGUUAAGAACCUAAAGUUGAUUUAUUCUAACCAAAUUAAUUUUAGAACAAAUUUGCUUUUUCUCCUCAAUUUUAAGUCAACACAAAUUAAUAAUGUUAAGGAAAUUAGAUAUUUCAAACUCAUUCAUAGCUUCCAACAAACUUAUAGUUCAAUAAUUAAUAAUUUUAAAACAAAACAAAUAUUUCGCUAUAAAAAAAUCCUUAGCAAACCUAAAAUUUCUAAAUUCCUUUUAAUCCUCAACAUUAAGAACCAAAGAUAAAUCCUAUACAUCAAUAAAAUUAAAAUUAAAACUAGAUUUCGCAAAAUACAUCAAAGUUUGUCCCAAUAAAUUAAACAAAUACAUUACCCUUUCCGUAAUUUAUAAAAAAUCCAUAACCAGUAACCUAAUCGAUGUUUAAUAUUAACUAAUAAAUUGCAUAAUAAUAACAACCAUAAUUAUAGCCAUAAUAACCGUUCUAAUAAUAAUAAUAAUAAUAAUAAUAAUAGCAAUAAUAACAAUUCUAAUAAUAAUAAUAAUCAUAAAUAUAACAAUAAUAGUUCUAAUAGUAAUAAUAAUCAUAAAUAUAGCAAUAAUAACAUCUUUAAUAAUAAUAGCAAUAGUUUUAAUAAUAAUAAAUAUAAUAAUAAUAAUCACUAUAAUAAUAUUAAUAAUAAUAGUAAUAACAAUAAUAAUAAUAAUAAUAAUAGUAAUAACAAUAAUAAUAAUAAUAACAAUAAUAAUAAUAAUAACAAUAAUAAUAAUAAUAAUAAUAACAAUAAUAAUAAUAAUAAUAAUAGUAAUAACAAUAAUAAUAAUAAUAACAAUAAUAAUAGUAAUAACAAUAAUAAUAAUAAUAAUAACAAUAACACCAAUUCUAAUACCCAUAAUAAUAAGGAUAAUAAAAUUAAUAAUAUUCAAUUAGCAACUCUCAACAAUUACUUAUAAAUGAAAUGAAUUCGGCUGAAGCAAUGGCUUAAUAGAGUUUAGAUUAAUUAACAUAUUUAGGAAAGUUUAACUUUUUUGUUAAUCAAACUGGUGAUUUUGUUUUGUAUUAAUGCAAUUAACCAAAAUUAAAAGGUUAUUUUGUACAAAAUAAAGGAAAAGAGGCUAAAUUAUUACCUGAUUAUGAUAAAUAAUGGAUAAAUAUAUUAGGAAUUCAAAUAGCUGAAUAUCAUCCAAAUGGAUUCAUAAUUAAAUGGAAAAAUAAUACUUAUAAUGUUUUUACAAUGACAUAUUAUUGA